AGGGGGAAACAUUCAAGGCGUUCACGUUCUCCGCGCAGUUAAACUGGAAAGUUGAGGGGCGCAGCGUAGAGUUUGUGCUCUCCACAGCUGGACAGCUGGAGAGAGUGACAGAGAGAGAGAGAAAGAGAGAGAGAGAGGGAGAGAGAGAGAGAGAGAGAUACGACGCGAAUCCCUUUGAAAGUCCGGGGCAGGAGAAUGGCGGAGGGGCAGAAUGCUUUCCUUUCGAGACGGCAAAUGUGAGCCCACAAUUAUCACCGGCGGAAAACAGUUUAUUUGCGCCGUGAGGCCAGGAACAACUUUUAAACAACAGAGGUAACGGAGCCGAGGGAAGCACGAGGUGUCCUGCGCCCUCUCAUCUCGAAAUGAACUGUCACUCGGGACUACGAUGGUUGGUAACUUUAUGCGCUUUCUUUCAAGUGGGCUCACCCCGGGACACGCACCAGAGCACGCGGAAAUGUGACAAGCCCGUGUCGAAAGACAUGAACUCCUUCCUGUGGACCGUUAAACGGCCUCCUCCUCACGCUCCGUCCUAUCUCUUCGGGACAAUCCACGUCCCGUACACUCGAGUUUGGGACUACAUACCCGAGAGCUCGAAACGGGCCUUCCAGAGCAGUGCCAAUGUUUUCUUUGAACUGGAUCUCACAGAUCCCCUAACCAUCUCAAAACUCACUAGCUGCCAGCUUCUCCCCAACGGAGAAAACCUCCAGACGUUACUGCCGCGUGAUCUGUACCGCCGACUCAAGCGCCACCUGGACUACGUCAAACACAUGAUGCCCUUCUGGAUGACGGCAGACCAGCGUGGCCGGGGACUUUAUGCAGACUACCUCUUCAACGCCAUCGCAGGGAACUGGGAACGCAAGAGGCCCGUUUGGGUGAUGCUGAUGGUGAACUCGCUGACGGAAGCAGACGUUCGGUCGCGGGGAACGCCGGUGCUAGACCUGUUCUUGGCGCAGGAAGCCGAGCGUCUCGGAAAGCAGACAGGUGCUGUGGAGAGGGUGGAGGAACAGUGCCAUCCUCUGAAUGGACUGAACUUCUCACAGGUGUUGUUUGCUCUAAACCAGACUCUACUGCAGCAUGAGAGUUUGCGUGCAGGCAUUCUGCAGGACGCCUUCACUACUGAGGACCUCAUCACACACUACAACUGUGGAGACCUCAACUCCAUCAUCUUCAAUCAUGAUACAUCCCAGCUUCCGCACUUCAUCAACAGUUCCCUGCCAGCUCACGAGCGCAUGACGGCGCAGCAGAUUGACAGUUACCUGCGACAGGAGCUCAUUUACAAACGCAAUGAGCGAAUGGCCCGCCGCGUCUCCGCGCUCCUUCAGAGAAACCCCACCCAGAGCUUCUUCUUCGCUUUCGGAGCUGGUCAUUUCCUGGGGAAUCACAGUGUACUGGACAUCCUGCGCCAAGAGGGCUAUGAUGUGGAGCACACGCCAGCACAAGAGCCCAUCACACAAAGGAGCGGGUCUGAGGUGGAGGGGACUACUGUGAAUCCCGCUGAAGGCAGCUCUGAGUCAGUGACGGAAUGGACAUCAGAAGCUCCGGAGCUAGAUGAGAUCAGCCAGGAAGAACUCUCCCACAUGCUGCUGCCAGACAGUCUCAGACAGCUAGAGGAGUUUGGCCGCUACAAGCGCCCCCGUAAAACCCAUCAUGCACACGGUCGACCACGGCUGUUCAGUGACCUGUGGGUGCGCAUAGGAGACAGCACGACUCCAAACUCGAAUAUAAGGAUAACCAAUGGCUAUGUGACGGUAGAACCUCCUCGAACACGACAGGUACAACAGCAAAGACGAACGCCGCUCCGAGACAGACCGAAUCAGCCCAGCCAUCCCACAAACCCCAGCGCACUUGACUUCGCCGCUCCAAACUCAACAUAUGCGCUGACUUGCCUUUUAGCCUGUCUCAUUUCACAACUGCUUUUCACUUCCUGAAGAGGGAAAUGGGUCUCUUGGAAGCUCACAAACCAACUCAAUCAGAAUUUUAUCUGAGUGACUUUGCCUGUGGUAAAAAUAAAUGGCAGUGAAGUACAUUUAGGUACUGCUUAGAUCGAUUUUGGGUGUCUGCCUGCAGUAAAUUAGUUGCCGCAGAAUGUAACAGUAGACGUAUGUGAGUAAUUUCUAAUUGUUACAUCUGGCAGGAUGGUAAGAAUAACAAUAAGGGAAAAACAAGAACAUUUUGUUAUACUUUUGCAAUGACUCUGCCCAGAGAUGAUUCAUAAGAAUCGGCUAAGAUUAUACCUUUUUAUGUGAAUACCAGCCUGACUGUUCCCUAUGGCCCCAUCAGAACAGACAGCAAAAUAUGAAUGUGCAUUUUUUUCUAACAAAUAAAAUGGGGCUAAAAGAAACUAUUACCAAAACUGUUGAUCUGAUAUAAAGGUUAAACGCCUAAAUUAUAUAAUAGAGACUUAUUAUGUAAUAUGUCACUAACAGAUAACUUAAACGGUUCACAGAGAUGACACCUAUAUUUUGUAAAUUGUGCAUUUGUUUAUACAGAAUUUUUAUAUUUAUUAUUUCAUGAAGAGUAUAUUUUCAUGCAUUUCUCAAGUAUUAAAUUUAUAGUUAUGUAAACAAACUUGCCUUGUACUGUCCAUUGAUAUUUGCAGCGUUGCUGAGAAAUCAACGUACACUGCCCUCUACUGGCACUCAAACCAUAACAUGUUAUUAGAAAUUUGUAAAAUGUUAUUUUUUAUUAUUAAUACUAUUAUUUUUACGGAAAAAAAAAAACGAAGAGAGGGCGGAGAUGGAAAGGUCGAUAUGACAUUAGACUACACGUUUUCAAAGAUGAUUUAGCACGACUGGAAUGAACAGUUCACCCAAAAAAUUUAAAUAUCAUCAUUGUUUGAUAUAAUGUAAAUAAUACCUCAUGCAGUCCUAAAGCAAUAUUAUGUUCUUUCUUCCUGUCAAGCAGAAUAUCUUCAGGCAGCUUUUCAGUGCAAUUAAAGCGGAUAGUAACGUUAAGCUAAAAAAGCUAAAACGUAAACAUAUCACAAGCGGCCGAUAGUUCGCGCUGAAUAAAAAAAUGGCGCCUUUAGACGUAAUUAAAACAUAAUCCAUUUGUUCCGGCAUGUCAUGUGACUGAUCACGACAGACUAACCGUCAGUCAGCGAGGACUUAAAUUCAGAAAUCAUCGUGGCUUCAGAAGACUUGGAAUAUUGGUUACAAUUUAUGUGAACAUUUAUAGCUUUAUGGUGCUUAUUAUCAUUUUGGUUAUCGCUUGGCGUUAUACGUUAGUGAUGCUGUAAUUGUAUUGAAAAGCUACCUAUAUCCUUUCUGUUUCACGGAAGAAGAAAACGGUGCUUUAGAAUGCUGUAAGUAAAAAUUUCUAAAUUCUUAUUGUUGGAUAAACUUACCCUUUACACCCAUUUCAUCUAGUCAUUUCAUGCUGUUUUAGCCACUAGGUGGCAGGCAAUGCCUUUGUAAAUGAACGAAACUAACAUGCAACCUCGAGAAAUACGUUUUGUCUACGUUCAAUAAUCCUGGUUUAAUAUAUGUAUAUGUGUGUGUGUGUGUGUGUGUGUGUGUGUGUGUGUGUGUGUGUGUGUGUGUGUGUGUGUGUGUGUGUGUGUGUGUGUGUGUGUGUGUGAGAUUUUAAGUUGUUAUAAUGAACUGAUAUUCUGAUAUAAAUAAUGUAUAUGUAGUGCAGUAACAAUAACAAUCCUUGUCAUGCUUUUAUAUUAAAAGUUCAUUCUCAGUUACACUUUAAAGAAACUAAACGCACUGACAAAUACUCAAUAUUAAAUUAUUUGAAAUGUUAGGUCUAUGUUCCAUUAGCUACAUUUGGUUAAUGGAACAAAAUGAAAUAGUUUCUCAUCAAAUAAAAAAUUCUUAUCUAUCUAGAA